AUAAAGUCCGAUGAAAAAUUCAGUCCUAAACUUACUAAAAUGGAAUCGUCGUGUUCUCAUGUCUUCGGCUAUUGUAAAAUACCCACAAUUUCUACUCAUGUAUACAAAGAAGAAUGCACGCAGUGUUUUGAUUCACAGGAUCUCGCACCUGGAAUCGACGUGUGCCUAACUUGUUUUAAUGCAGGAUGCAACAAUUCUGAAAGACGUCAUGCCCAAAUCCAUUAUGAAAAGACAAAUCAUCCAUUAGUAUUAAACAUCUAUCGAUUAAUCAAAGACAAACCUAAGAGGGCUGAUGAGAACGAGGAACCACCUCAAAAGAUCAGUAAACUCGCAAUUAUUCCCGAAUCUGAAAAGGACAAAUACGAAUUUAUCACACAUGUAAAGUGCUAUGCUUGUGGAGGUAUUGAGAUCGAUAGGACUUCUGGUGAUCUGCCCGCUGUAGUCGAUGCUGUAAUGACGUCUAUGUCGGCUGCAAGGCAAUCAGAAAUAAAAGCAUGGGAAGAAGAAAUUGUUGUAUGUGAUCAUACACGUGAUUUAGUGCAAGAACAGCCGAGGGCUUUGGAAUCGCAAGCUCUAGCACAUUGUAAUGACUGUGAUUUAAAAGAAAAUCUUUGGCUGUGCUUAGUUUGUGGCAACCUCGGAUGCGGACGGCAGCAAUAUGGUGGGUUAGGUGGAAACGGGCACGGCUUAGCUCAUUAUGAUAAAACAAAGCAU